AUGCUGGCGAGCAUAGGCUACGUGUACGAGCGCACAGCAGCCAAGGAGCAGGGGAAGAACCCAAUGUACCUGGGGGUGCCGUUUGUGGGCGAGUGGCUCAGGGAGAGGGGGCGAUUGCUGCACACCCACGCCUCCGCUGUCGUUGGUGUGGUGGAGUUGUGUCAAGCGCAGCAGGACAUGCGCAAGGCGGUGCAGGAGCAGGAGCUGGGAGGGGCGGCCCUAGCAGGUUACCUGGAGAGCCGCCAGCAGUCGCUGCUGGGGUCGCUGUGGAAGCUGAACGUGGUGGAUAUAGAGGCCACCCUGGGAAUGGUCUGUCAUAAGGUGCUGACAGAGGAAUGCGAGUCAAAGACUGUGUUGGAAGGGCGGGCCCAUGCUCUCAAGAAGCUUGGCGCUAUAUUCCAGGCCAAGGCGCGGCACUUAAAUCAGCUCAAGGCAGAUGCCGAGUCAGCUUCAAGAGCAGCAGAGGCAGCAGCGGCAGCAGGGAGCCUCUCCCCUCACAUGCGCCCCAAACCCUCCUAUCACCGCCCCUUGAUCUACCCAAUACCAGCCCCCUGGGCGAGAGGCUUUGCCGGCCGGCCGCCGCCUUCGCUGUUCAACCCCUAUGCGCCCUGGCCUCCAGGGGGGGCCAUGCAGGUGAGUUGA